UAGCCUGUUUGGUUUGCCGGUUGAACUCAUCUGGCAUCAGGUGAAUCCGCCAGAAGCAGAAUGGGUUCGUGCGACACAUUUUGCGGAGCGACUUGAUCCGUCACGAUUGGCUUACCAUUAUCUCUCCGUGGAGGCACUCGAUCGAUGGCGGACGACGGUGCUAUUCCAUACUAUGAACCAGCUAGAACCAAACUAGAAACAAUAUUACCAGCUUUCGAUGUAGGAUCGGAUCAUUCCGGAUCUUGUGAUGCCGCAAACCAAAUAGCCUAGACAGGAGUGAACGAGUUGGUGCUUGAAACACUUUAAAUAUUGGGCCCAAAUGCAUGACAAGACCAAAUGGCCAAGCACAUCAGUGUCCUGCUACUGAUGGCUGUGGCGCUCGCCGCAACCAUGGCCGAGCCGUCGACGGCGACCAGGAAGCUCAUGUUCCUGGUCCAGCCACAGCCGAACCUCCUCACGUACCACAACGGCGCCGUGCUGAGCGGCGACAUCCCCGUCUCCAUCCUCUGGUACGGCCGCUUCACGCCGGCGCAGAAGGCCGUCGUCUCCGACUUCCUCUUCUCCCUCUCUGCCGCGCCGCCGCAGGAGCCGUCGUCUUCGUCGUCGUCGUCGUCCCCCGCGCCGUCCGUUGCCCAGUGGUGGAGCAACAUCAACCAGCUCUACCUCUCCAAGGCGGCGGCGGCGGCCGUCAGCAAGAAGAACGGCGCGCAGGGCGGCGCCAAGCGGAACGCGCGGGGGGUCCUGUCGGGCCAGGUCACCGACGAGGGCUGCUCGCUGGGGAAGAGCCUGAAGCUGUCCCAGCUUCCAUCGCUGGCGGCGGCGGCCGCGGCACGCCCCGCCGCCAAGAAGGACCAGGGCGGCGGCGGCGUCGUGCUGGUGCUCACGGCGCGGGACGUGGCCGUGGAGGGCUUCUGCAUGAGCCGGUGCGGCCACCACGGUUCGUACUCGUACGACGGCGGCGCGCGGUCCGGCUCCCGGUCCCGUCGCGCGGCGGCGGCGGCGUACGCGUGGGUGGGCAACCCCGUCGACCAGUGCCCGGGCCAGUGCGCGUGGCCGUUCCACCAGCCGGCGUACGGGCCGCAGGCGCCGCCGCCGCUGGUGCCGCCCAGCGGGGACGCGGGCAUGGACGGCGUGGUGAUCAACGUGGCCAGCAUGGUCGCCGGCGCCGUGACCAACUGAUGCCGUUCGGCGACGGGUUCUACCAGGGCGACCGCGGCGCACCGCUGGAGGCCGCCACGGCGUGCGCCGGCGUGUACGGCAAGGGCGCGUACCCUGGGUACGCCGGGCGGCUGCUCGUGGACGGCGCGACGGGCGCCAGCUACAACGCGCACGGCGCGCGCGGGAGGAAGUACCUGCUCCCGGCGCUGUUCAACCCCGACACGUCGGCGUGCUCCACGCUGGUGUAGCCACAAGUGACGGAUCUCAAGCUUUUUCAUGUUGGUAUAUAUAUGUAUUAUUAUGUAUAUAUGUAAAUACUGAACAGUACAUACAGUAUGGAUCAUCGUAUACGUAACGUGUUGUCGUGUCGGGCAGUGCUAAAAUAAAAAGGCAAAGGACGUGUGGUUCAAGCUUUA